UCACAGUCACACAACUAUUCUCGUGAGUCACACAUCCAGUUGAUUCAAGGUGCAAAUCUACUAUCAGAUCGGAGUGCAUCAAUUGUCCAUUUAAAAAGUUUGUUAACAUGCCUUGUAACAAGAUGUGCAACUCGACCGCAAGGUUGGAUGGCAAGACGGCCGUUAUAACUGGCUCCAACACAGGAAUUGGCAAAGAAACCGCACAAGACUUCUAUCAAAGAGGUUGCAGAGUGAUAAUGGCGUGCAGGAACCUCCAGAAGGCCAACGACGCCGUCGAAGACAUUAAAUCGAAAUGCAAAGAUAAAACGAAUUUGGGGGAACUGAUCGUGACGGAGGUGGACGUUUCCAAUCUGCAAUCGGUCAGGAAGUGUGCCCAGCACCUCCUGGACACCGAACAACGAAUCGAUCUGCUGAUCAACAAUGCCGGUGUGAUGGCCAUUCCGCAGAGCAAGACGGUGGACGGAUUCGAAAUGCAAUUCGGCACCAAUCAUUUGGGACCGUUCCUGUUCACCCUGUUGCUUUUGCCCAGGAUUAUCAGGAGCAAGCCGGCCAGGAUUGUGAUGGUGUCUUCUGUGGCUCAUACAGGAGGGUCAAUUGACUUUAAUGACCUGAUGUAUGAAAAGAGGAGAUAUGGAGCCAUAGGAGCGUAUCAACAAAGCAAACUUGCCAAUGUGCUGUUUGCCAAAGAGUUGGCAAGGCGUCUUGAAGCCGCCAAGAUCGACGGCGUGACAACAUACAGCCUCCACCCGGGCGUGAUCGACACGGAACUGUACAACAGCCUCGGCGACACGUAUUCCGGAUUCGUCCAGUGGACGAUGACCACCAUAAACCGCUUCUUCGCCAAGACACCGCUGCAAGGUGCGCAGACGACGAUUUACUGCGCAGUCGACGAACACUGCGCCAACGAGACUGGCCUGUAUUAUGCCGAAUGCGCAGUGAAAAGACCGUCCAGGAGAGCACAGGACGAAGAAACGGCGAAGAAACUGUGGGAGUGUAGCCUUAAGCUUGUGGGUCUGGAGGACAAUUAUGAUCCUUUUAAAUAAUUUUUGUUAAUUUGUACGUCCACUUUGUUAUUGGUAAGGGUUAAGUAGUUUAUGCACCUGAUGUUUAAGUUGUUGUGUAAUAAAUUAAUUGUUUAAUUUGAA